GCCCUUAAGGGGGCUGGGCUCCCCUCCAAACCUUUCCACGUGCGCGCGGUUGCGUAGGGAACGCGACGCCGGUGACGAUGGAUAUUCAGCGGUCCCUUGAGCUCCUGCAUAUGACUGUCUAUUCUCAGAGCAUCUCUCCGUGUGGCAAAUAUUUAGCGGCUGGGAACAACUUUGGGGAGAUUGGCAUAUUCAGCCUCUCAGCAGCACUGAGUUCAGAGGCCAAGGAAGAGAGCAAGAAGCCAGUGGUAUCCUUUGCAGGCCACGAUGGUCCCAUCUAUGCCAUGGUCUCCACAGACCGUCAGCUACUGACUGCUGGUAAUGGUGAAGUCAAGGCCUGGAACUGGAGUGAGAUUGUGAAGAAGGGCUGCAAGGAAGCCUGGAGCAGGAGGCCACCUUACGGGAGCAGCCUGGAGGUGCCAGAAAUCAACAGCCUUCAGCUCAACCUCAAGGAUAAUAGUCUUCUGAUGGCUGGGGGAGACUGUGCUAUCCACAUGAUGGAUCUGGAGUCCGGAGCCUUUACUUGUGAGUAUCGGGGCCACACAGAUUACAUCCACUGCCUGGCGCUUCGGGAUCAGCUUCGAGAGUGCCUGUCGGGGAGUGAGGACGGUACUGUGCGCCUUUGGGAUUUGCGUGCUGGAGGUCAAGUGCAGUGCAUCGAAGUGCAUAAAUACGAGGAAUGCAGCCGGCCACAGAACGGGAAGUGGAUCCGUUGCCUGGCAACAGACUCGGACUGGAUGGUGUGUGGUGGGGGCCCAGCACUGACCCUGUGGCACCUUCGGUCGGUCACACCCACCACCGUCUUCCCCUUGCCGCAGUGUCAGCAGCAGGUCAUGUUCUACCAGGACCUGAUCCUCUCUGCUGGCCACAGCCCAGCCAUCAACCAUUUGCAGAUCAGCGGGGAAGUGAAGGCCCAGAUCCCCUGCGUCCCCCGGUGCGUCCACUCACUUUCCAUCAACGAACACUCCCCAGAGCACAAGGUGCUCACUGCGGCUGGAAGCAGCCACCGGAUCGACGUCUUCACCAACUUCAGUUACCGGGCCUUUUCCCUCACCUUCACCUAGUGCUCUCCCCUGUGCCUUCUCUGUCUCUCUCUCUCCCUUUGGGUAAAGCUAUUUCUAGUCUGGUAUCAGAACAGGGAACACCUGGGCAGAUCCACCUCCUCGGGAUCGGCUGCUUUUGGCGAGCGUCACCUAUCUGUGCCGCCCAGUUAGGAAGAGCUCUCCUUCUCCUCAUGCUUCCCGGGGAGCAAAAUUUCACAAGAUUUGUGUGCCAGUGACAUUCAGCCUUUGUUGCACCCAGAAUUGCCACCCCUUCUGCAAUCGACAGUGUCAAACUUUGGAGCUCUGGGGUAGAGCAGCCUUUUUUUUGCUCACCCAAGCCUAAAGCUUGGCCUCUGGUGCUGAUUGGCGGCCUGUGGGGUCUAGGCCUGCAGGGAGCUGCACACAUAGACCUAUCUCUGAGUAGUACAGCACAGUGGGAGGGAUCUUUACCUCUCCCUUCAGUGCUGGUUGGAGGAAUACGUGGCUUUCAGCAUGCAUCUCCAACCCGGUUUUCACUGCCUGUUCCCAGACGUUAUAAGCUAUGGAACACCCCUUUGCAAAUCAAAGGGACCUGAAGGUAUGCAGUUAAUCGGGAUUAGAGGAAGUGUUUUUCUUCCAGUCCUCAGUAACACCCCCCUUUCCCAGGAGUCUUAUCAUUUCAAAAGGACCAGAGCUCUUAAAAAUUUAUGGCAUCUUGAAUUCCAAGAGGGGAGUAAAUUUCAGCGCUCUCCCCCCACUAUGGUCAGUUCACAUGGUCUGAAUAAGGCCUGUUCCCUUCCCUCCUCUGUUUUCUGUCUUCCUUUCCUUUUUUUUUUAACUUUCCAACUUGUGCUCUACUGCCUUCAACAUUCGAUACCACCUGGAGUGUAUGAGCAUGCUCAGUUGUCACUAUGUACCAUAGACAGGAAUGCAUUAAAUCGCUCUCAAACUGAAAUGCCAUUACAAGCAACUUUU